AUGAUCCAGAUCUGUGCGUCCACGCCCCCACCCUCGUCGACGCCACCGCACCGGAUCGCCGACACCGUUGACUCCUCUCCCCUCGCUCCUCCUCCCGAUCCAAUCUGGAUCGGGGCCGACCGCGUCGCCCGUCGCCGCGCAGACCCCGCCGCCACCUUGCCGACACCGCACGGCGCCACCCCGCCAUCGCCGGCGCCCGCCUGCUCAACCCUCCACCCCGUGUGGAUCCGGUCCGGGCAGCCGACGCCCCCGAUGCACCGCUCCUCGCCACUCGCCUACGCCAGACCUCCUCCUCUAUGUUGCCGUCGUCCCCGUCCUCCUCCCCAAAGGCUCCACCGAGCCUCGCCGACCCUCGACUCUGCAACUCCUGGCCUCCCUCUCCUCUCCUCCCCCUCUCCGUUGCACGUCACCGUGCCCGCACCCCGUUCGCCCCUGCUCGACCCAGCGCGCGCCCACGCGCUCCUGUGCGCCCCCGCGCGCGCGACCCGCGCCAGCCAGCCGCAGCCACGGCGCCCGUCGCCCCCUGCUGCCUACACCCGCCGCCGUCUCUGCCCCGCGGCACCUGGCCACAUCGGGGUGACCACCCCCACACCCUUGUCGACGCCACCGCACCGGAUCACCGUCACCGUUGACUCCUCUCCCCUUGCUCCUCCUCCCGAUCCAAUCUGGAUCGGGGCCGACCGCGUCGCCCGUCGUCGCGCAGACCCCGCCACCACCUUGCCGACACCGCAUGGCGCCACCCCGCCAUCGCCGGCGCCCGCCUCCUCAACCCUCCGCCCCGUGUGGAUCCGGUCGGGGCAGCCGACGCCCCCGACGCCCCGCUCCUCGCCGCUCGCCUACGCCAGACCUCCUCCUCUACGUCGCCUUCGUCCCCGUCCUCCUCCCCAAAGGCUCCACCGAGCCUCGCCGACCCUCGCCUCUGCAACGCCGGUGAGGCCACGGCCUCCCUCUCCUCUCCUCCCCCUCUCUGUUGCACGUCAUCGUGCCCGCACCCCGUUCGUCCCUGCUCGACCCAGCGCGCGCCCACGCGCUCCUGUGCGCCCCCGCGCGCGACCCGCGCCAACCAGCCGCAGCCACGGCGCCCGUCGCCCCCUGCUGCCUACACCUGCCGCCGUCUCUGCCCCGCGGCACCUGGCCACGUCCGCCCGGGUCGCCGUCGUCGUCCGGGGCCUCAUCCCACUCCCGCUACGUCUCCCGUCCGCUGCGGCGGCCCUCUCCGCCAACCGCGCCACCCUGCUCCGGCCGUCGGAGCCAGGCCGUGCGCCCGCUCCUUCGCCCGCUGCCCCGCGGCGCCUUGUCGGGCUGGCGCUCGUCGCCCGAUCCACCCGGCGCCCGUAA